AUGAACAUCUCUACAGAUUUGUCACUUCCUCCCAAAGGUUCAAACAUCAGCAGCAGCACAACGAUAACAUACGGCGGCAGCAUAGUUAGCGAAGAUGUCUACAAAAUAACUCGCCUCAUCUGUGUCGGGUUCAUCGGCCUCGGGCUGAGUCUUGUCGGCGUCCCCACCAACGCAGUCACGUGCCUCGUUUUCGUCCGACAACGCCUACGAGAGCGCAUGAACCUCUGCCUCUUCUGUCUGGCGUUUGUUGAUCUUGUGCUCAUGUUGUUAAGCUUCGGUUACAGCCUCGUCACUGUGUUCAGUGAUUUAGGACUUUUUGGCUUCGGCGAGGAGCAGUACAGUAAGGCUGUUCUGUACGCGCUCAGCUCCAUCUACGCUCUGCGCGCCACAUCCGGGUGCUACAACGUCGUCAUCGCUGUCGAGCGCUGCAUCUGCGUCAUGUUGCCGCUGCACGCGGCCGCCCUCAUCCGCACCAGAAGCAUGGGCGUGCUGCUGGCCAUCUUGCCGCUGCUGCUUCAGGCCGGCUUCCUCACCCUCCCGCUCAGAUUCCAGAUUGUCCGAACGGAGAACAUGGGCGCCGUCCAGUGGCAUCUGCUUCCUUCACGACUGUGGCUGGAAAACCAGUUUGUAUUCGAUCUCAUCUUGUACACCAUCCUCAGUACAACAUUACCCCUCGUUACGUUUUUUGCUAUUUCUGUGGCUACUUUAAUUACCGUGAUCAAGCUGAAAGUAUCUAUGAAAUGGCGAAAGGAGACGACCAACUCAAACAAGGACGUCCAACGCCAGCAGACGGCGCUGACGAAAGUUCUGGUCGUAGUAUCCUUGGUUUACAUCGUAACUAUGCUUCCCUUUGUAGGAUACAUCGGUGUCCACUUAUUUAUGGACCAGUUUUCUCCCUUUGGCCGUUACGCUUAUCUUUAUACGACCGUCAGCGCCAUCGUCAACGUAUGUCCCCUCAUCAACUGUUCUUUCAACUUCUUCAUCUACUUUACUCGUUCGACGCGGUUUAAAGAAGAUCUCGGCGCUCUUUGUGGUGGUCAACAAAAGGCGAAGUCCCAGGUACUCCCUCCAUCCGUAAAAGAAUUCCUUCGUUCUGACACCUAG